AUGAGAUCGACCUCCGUCGUUGGACUCUGCCUUCUGACGGUGUUGUGUUGUAAGUGUUUUUGGAAACCUUAGGUUUUUUACAUCUGACAUUUUGCAGUUGCGGAAGGACAUCAUCACGGGCCUCCUCCUUCUGGAUCCCCUCCUUCUCCUCCACCCGGCUUUACUGGCUCGCCGCCGCCUCAUCAUGGGCAUCGCAAGCAAAGAAGCGUUGACGGUAACCCACCCCCACCACCACCACCUUCUGGCUCCCCUCCUUCUCCUCCUCCAGGAUUCAGUGGAUCACCACCACCUCCACCACCAUUUGUUCAACGGGCAGUAAGAAGUGUUGAACACCAUGGACCUCCUGGGCCUCCUCCUUCUGGAUCCCCUCCAUCGCCACCUCCAGGAUUCAGUGGAUCCCCACCACCACCACCUCCACCAUUUGGCCACCGGGCAGUCAGAAGUGUUGAAAACCGUGGGCCCCCUCCCUCUGGAUCCCCUCCCUCUCCUCCUCCAGGCUUCAGUGGAUCCCCACCACCACCACCUCAUCACGGACAUCGUAAGCCAAGAAGCGUGAACGGUCACCCACCACCACCUCCUCCUUCUGGAUCCCCUCCCUCUCCUCCUCCAGGAUUCAGUGGAUCCCCACCACCACCUCCACCACCAUUUGUUCAAAGGGCAGUAAGAAGUGUUCAACACCGUGGACCUCCUGGACCUCCUCCUUCUGGAUCCCCUCCUUCUCCUCCUCCAGGCUUCAGUGGAUCCCCACCACCACCACCACCAAGCUUUUGA